GGCCCUGGCUUCUUGGCACGAUGGUGAGGCACCAGGGGCGAAGCGAGGCUUGGGCUGCUGGAGCGGGAAUGAGGGGGCGCCAAGUGGCUCCGGAAACUGGGGGAGGUUGUACUGGCCUCUCCGCAAACACAGUGUGUGCGGGCGUGAGGGCUGUGAGUCUGGUAGGGAAAAGUCCACCACUCUCCCGCUCCCGAGACGGGGGCGGGGGUACGGGGCGGGUAAGACAGAGCAGGCCGGCCGGCUUAGAGUCCCGGUGCUUCCCUGGCGGAAGGAAGGGCCCCUGCCUCCCGGGGCAGGAACUAGGGCUUGUGUGGAGCUGGGAGUCCUUUCAGGUCUUCCCCAUCCCCAAGAGGACCUCCCAAGGAUACCCCCUUCCCCAGCCCUGCCGUGGGGCUUGUACAAGAAGGUGCUUAGAAUCAGGCUCACUCUUGCACACUGUUAGGAAGCCCCUCCACUCUUUCCAGAGCCAGAAAGUAGUAGUUUUGGGGUUGAGACUUAUCCAUCCAUCCAUCCAUCCAUCCAGUCCAUCCAUCCGUACGUUCUAAGCGCCUGGUCUAUACCAUGAAGUGUGCUAGGCACUGGGAGGACUUGAGCUGCCAAGGGAAGGGGAAAUCGGAGGCUUGAAUUGGAGUCAUAGUUAAGGCUCCAGGGGCAGAGACCUAACUGCGCCUUGUGUGUAGUGCUAAGGGGGCUUCCUAAGGAUGCCAUCAAACUUAAAGGCGGAUGGAUGGCAGGAGCUGGCUGGCUGAAGUACAGUUUGUGUACCAGGGGUAGGGAGGCAAGGGUGGGAGACGUGUGUCUUCAGACAGAGAACAGCAUGUGCAGAGACUUCAGGUUAGAGAGAGUAUGGCUCCCCAGGAAUGGAUGCAUUUCCCAUAGCUGGGAGAGUAUCAUCUGCAGGUUAGGGAAAGAUGAGGCUGGACAAGUAGAGAACAAAUCUUCCUGGCUCUUGGAUCACCACAAUCAAGAUAAUGAAGAGGUUCCGGUUCUGUGGUGAUCUGGACUGUCCCGACUGGGUCCUGGCAGAGAUCAGCACGCUGGCCAAGAUGUCCUCUGUGAAGUUGCGGCUGCUCUGCAGCCAGGUACUAAAGGAGCUGCUGGGACAGGGAAUUGAUUAUGAGAAGAUCCUGAAGCUCACGGCUGACGCCAAGUUUGAGUCAGGCGAUGUGAAGGCCACAGUGGCAGUGCUGAGUUUCAUCCUCUCCAGUGCGGCCAAGCACAGUGUCGAUGGCGAAUCCUUGUCCAGUGAACUGCAGCAGCUGGGGCUGCCCAAAGAGCACGCGGCCAGCCUGUGCCGCUGUUAUGAGGAGAAGCAAAGCCCCUUGCAGAAGCACUUGCGGGUCUGCAGCCUACGCAUGAAUAGGUUGGCAGGUGUGGGCUGGCGGGUGGACUACACCCUGAGCUCCAGCCUGCUGCAAUCCGUGGAAGAGCCCAUGGUGCACCUGCGGCUGGAGGUGGCAGCUGCCCCAGGGACCCCAGCCCAGCCUGUUGCCAUGUCCCUCUCAGCAGACAAGUUCCAGGUCCUCCUGGCAGAACUGAAGCAGGCCCAGACCCUGAUGAGCUCCCUGGGCUGAGGAGAAGUGUGUUCCAGGCCUGUGUGGAGCCACCCUGCCCAUAUGGAGUCACGCCCUCUGAACUGCUCUUCGGGAGGCGGCCCUGGUUCUAGGAUGCUGAGGCCCUGGCCUGGACUCUGGCCUCCCAGAUCCCCAGCUGCCUCACUUCUCUCUUGAGAACUUGGCUCAGGGCUCCUGAGGACCUUUCCCAGCAUUACCUUCCCUUCCCUUGAAAGGCAAUUGUUGGCUGUUUUCAUAAGCAGGAAAAAUAAACAGAAGUAUAAAGGAA